AUGACCCCAGACGCCACCAUUGUGGUGACUGGAGCUGGUGGCGGCCUAGGGAGCGCCAUCGCCGCUCAUGUCAGCCGCCACUUAGGCCACUAUCACGCCAUCUACACGGUUCGCGAUACGUCUCGGCCCCAUGAAGCGCUGCGGGCCGCCUUACGACAACCCACCAGUUCGCAGCACUCGCAUCAGAUCCUGUCGCUAGACUUAGCCCGCCUCAGCAGCGUGCGCGCCUUCGCCGCGUCUGUCAACCGCCGUGUAGCGAGCGGCGAGAUCCCGUCCAUCCGCGCCUUGAUCCUCAAUGCCGGCCUUCUCGAGUUCGACAAGCAGACGUGGGCGCCCGCCGCCGAUGGCGGCUUCGACAUGACCUUUGCCUCAAACUAUCUCGGCCACUGGUUGUUGACGCUUCUGCUGCUGGAGAGCAUGGACCGGACCUGCGGCAGAGUAGUCGUUGUCGGGAGCUCAACUCACGAUCCCUCAAUUCCCAUGAUUGCGCGCCAUUACCCGUCCGAGGCGCUGAAAACCUUCAUCCAUGGCAGCACUGAUCCCCUCGCAACCGGCUCGUGGAGCAGCAACAAAGAAGAUCCUACGUAUCAUAGUGGUUUCCGGCGCUACGGUGCUGCAAAGAUGUGUCUGGCCAUGAUGGUGUAA